AUGCCUGGACGCCAUCCCUGCGAGCGUGGCCGAUGGUGUUCGUGCCACCGAGCUGGGCCAUCGACCAUACCGACACCGCCAUUGCCAUCUGCGACCAAGAAGAAGAAGAAGUACACCCUGUUGGCCACUACCGCAUCGCUUGUGUGUCCCGUGCUGGGUGCACCGACGCCUCAGCCAACCACCCACUUGCCCUUUCUCUAUCCAACCCUCGACAAGCGGGUUACCGAUGCCGGACAAGCCCCAGAUGACCCAUCGGAGGGCUUCCAGCAACAGCACAUCCAGCUUGCUGAUCUCAUACGUGCCGGCCUGCCCUACAAGUUUGUCUAUGACUCCGCUGCCGACACUACAUCCAACAAGGUCGAGGACAUUGCCCUCACCGACUCGUCCGGUGCAUGGGUCAUCGACAACUCAUGGUCUCUGCAUGGACGCAGGUUUGGUCCCCUCUAUGCCACUGCCACUGCCACCGCCGGAAUCACAGACGACCCGCUCCCCACUCCCACAGAAUCCGUCCCCCCAGCAUCCACCCCUACCGCAACAACCACCCCACCCCCCACCAUACUCGCCAUUCAGUCUUCCCUCCCGACUGGCUGGUACGCAUCCCAGUACGAACGCUCCGGCAUGUACGCCAUCCCCCUCAUUGUGUCCUUUGCCCUCGUCAUUGCCCUCAUGAUCGGAAGUCUUAUUGGAGCCUUGGUUAUUCGGAGGGAUAGGAGCCGAAGUAGGCGGCGUAAAAAGGGAAUCAUUCGGGGAGACAACGACGCCGACUCGGCUCGUGAAAAAGUCGCACAGAGUAGUUUGGUAUCCCGUGUCGGCCGCGCCCUUCAACUCCGCAAUCAACCCCCAGAGGAGGAAGAACAACAACAGGAACCAUCCGACCCCCAGACUGAGCUCCAACAGCGCAUCAAAACUUGGGCCCGACGCAAUGCUACCUGGAGAGCCCAGGCCCGCAUCGGCGUGCGAAGACGGAUGGGACGUGGACGCAAGCGCUAUCAAGCCGAUAGCGGUCCGGACACACCCAUGGGGGGAGCUAUUCAGGAAGAGCCAGAACCUGACGAGGAAGGCCCGGCCAGCACGAGGGCGACUUCGCCUGUUGCCAUCCUUCCGUCCCGUGCUUCAUCACCCACCGCACCCGACUCACAACCUCCUACAUCAUCACCCCAAGUCCCCGCACCAAACUAUGCUUCCCCAACUGUUCCCAAUUACCCUUCGCCGACCGUUCCGACGUAUUCACCACCACCUACUGCCGGCCCAUCCACGUCACCCCUCGCUCGAAUCGAAGCUCACCCGGAUGCCACACCCUCUGACGAACCAGCCUAUGAUGGACCAGGCUCGGGAGAAGGUCUUCCGCCUGCGUACAGAGGUGCUCCUUCUCAAGUCGCACGUGGUAAACGACCGGCCCACUCGGCCUCUCCCCCGCCAUCCAUCCACGAACCCGAUUCCCAACCCCAAACGACUCAGGAAGAACAGAGAGUAUGGACCGCGCUCGAUGCCUAUGUGUCUAACCGGGGAAACACCCAACAAGAGGGCAUCACGGCCCACGUAGCGACCGACGACAAGCGUGUGCUCGAACGCCUCCGUUCGAUGAGAGGUGUACCCGAGGAGGAGGGAGACGCAAGGGAGGAGGUACAGGCACCGAGAGAGGAGGACGUGUUUGGCUCGAGCUCGGGUCCUUCGACGCCCGGUGGGUCCCUGCCGACUUUGUCGACCGCAACCUCCACUUCGGCUGCAGUGAGUAGGAACGGAGUGGCACCCAUGACAUCCAUGGCCAUCAACGAACCGGCAUCCACAAACCCGAACGCUCCGGCUCUUCCCCUUCCGCCGACGAAAACUGGAACAGGCCCGGUGGCGCGGUACGACGAAGCGGAUUUGUGUCUGCCGAGGUAUUUGGAUGGACCGGAAGGAAUGCACGGUGGCGGUGGUACGGGAUUGGGAAUUGUGCCGGGCGGGCUGGGGGCGGCGGGAAUGAUGCCGAGUGUGCCGACGGGGGACACCAUGGGGAUUGGAAUGGGAAUGGGAAUGGCAGGGUUGGUGCCAAGUGCGCCACCGUGUGACGAGGAGACUGUGCCGAGCGCACCAGCUUUGGAACACGACUCGCCCGUGCCGAGCGCGCCGAGUUUGGAGGAUGAAGGGCUGGAAGAUGGCGAACGAAAGACGGCACCGGCUCCGAACGUACCGUCUGCUCCACCCCUAGACGACGAUCCCGGUCCUUCUGCGCCACUAGACGACCGCUCUUCUCGGUCUAUCUCUUUUGCGCCACCAUCUAUCCCUUCUGCACUGCUGGUUGCUUCUGCGCCUGUGUUGCACGACGACGCUCCAUCCCUAGACGGCAACAAGCUACCCCACCCACGUUCGACCCUGUCUCAUCCCGAGUUGACAAGGAACGGGUCGUCUGCUCCGUUGUUCAACAACGGCGAAGAGCGAUGA